GGGAGUAUGAAGAUGAGGAUGAAGAUGAGGAUGAGGGUGAGGAUGAAGAUAAGGAGGAGGAGGAAGAGGAGGAGGAGGAGGAUGAAGAUGAGGGUGAGGAUGAGG